GCAUGCUGGAUCUUUUCCAGGACGCCUUUUCUUAUAUAAGUCAAGUAAAGUGGUUGUUGCAUAGGACUGCUUCAGCCUGUUUUCCACAUUGCACCCAGAGUGGCCUGAGGCUAUUAUGACUCGAGCACAGAGGGCGGGCUGGAGCGUGGCUCUCGACUGCACACGGUGCUUUGCAGAGGGAGUGUAGCAGGGCGAGCACUUUGUGUCGGGACUUUUGAUGUCAUCUCCAGCAGCGCUACGCGCGGGGAUGUACGGCAUGAAGACACAAAAAUGAACGGCGCAGCGGGGACGAACACAUUUUUCUGACACCCGGAUCUGCGACGUGGACAUCCAGUGGAUUUUGAUUCUCAACGCACGCGGAUUAAUAUGACCGUAACGCCACGUUCUCAACAGGCUCUCCUCCGAUUUGGGAAUAUUUAACACAAGCCAGGGUAUUUCCCCAUGCAGGCGAGAAUCAUGCUCUGCAAAAUCUUUGCAUUGAUUGUCUUACAAGGUUUGUGGAGGUGUGAGGCAUGGGUCAUGUCCGAGGUCAAGCCCGGAGGUGUCUCAGGCCCCGGCACGGAGUUGACCUCCGGUGGAGUCGCGGCUCUUAAGAAUGAGGCGUCGGAACCAAAGUCCAGAUCUAAGCGCUGCACCUGUUACUCCUACAAGGAUAAGGAGUGCAUCUAUUACUGUCAUUUGGACAUCAUCUGGAUCAAUACACCUGAACGCACGGUGCCCUACGGAAUGUCCAGCUACCAAGGAGCUCAGCGGCUCCGACGUGCCGUCGUUGGACAUCAGAGUGAGCGCGAGCAGACACACACUCAGCGCUGCGUUUGCGCCUCCUUUGAUGCGGACCCAGAGUGUCAUCAAUUUUGUCAGCAGAGCUCCCCCCAGAGUGGACUAAACAGGAGUCCUCACAGAAACCCAGGGCCUGGCUGACAGUUGGACUCCUCCUAACAUCCUACUGUUUUCUCUAAGGAGCGGAACCUUCCCUGGUCUUCACACCCAUUAUUCUCUGUUUGGCACACUCGCCUUCACAGGCACACUCACAGUCAAGGAAAGAACUUUGGAGUUUGACACUGCCGACAUUCCUGAGCAUAAUAACUCUUGGAGCAAGUUCCGUCAGGUUGAGUGGUUUUAAGAACUCCAGCAAAUUCGACACAGAUCCCUGGAGGCUAUCCUCUUGUUUCCCCCCCUUCUCAUCUGAGCGGCAAAAGGAUUACCUUCACCCUGAAAAUAUCCUGUGACCUUAUGCAAGGUUACUUCAGACUCUUUCUUUGCAUUCAUGCCUACUACCAUAUUGUGGACUACUCUGAGACGCUGAGAGACAGUAUAUCGAUGUACAAAGGAUGACAUUUCUACGUACAGUAAAUGGUGAAUAACAGCCUGUGCGAAGUAGUGAGGGAAAAUACUGGAGUAGGGCGCAAUGUUUAAAAUAAAUAACAAUAAGGCAAACUUAUAUAUACAGUAGCUGUGUUCUCUGAUGACCUUUUUUUUUUUACACAGAACUAACAAUAAAGAAAAUGUAAAUUAUAUUAUUUUUUACAAAAUAUUGCUCUGUUUGCAAGAUAAAUGUGAUCACAUGUAAGGGGUUACACAUGCAGUGCAUCCGGAAAGUAUUCACAGCGCUCCCUUUUCCACAUUUUGUUGUCAAAGCCUGAUUCCAAAACUAAAUAAUUAAUCUUUGUUCUCAAAAUCAUACAGAAAAUAAAUACCCCAUAACAACAAUGUGAAAAGUUUGUUUGUUUGUCUUUAUAAAUGCUAAUGUACGUUUGUAUAAAAAAGAAAAAAAAUCACACGCACGUGAGUACUCACAGCCGUUGCUCAAUACUUUGUUGACGCACCUUUGGCAGCAAUUAGUGCCUCAAGUCUUUUUGAAUACAAUGUCUCAAUCUUGACACACCUUUCUUUGGGCUCUUUUGCCCAUUUCUCUUUGCAGCAUCACUCAAGCUCCUUUAGGCUGGAUGGGUAGCGUUGGUUUUCAUCCAGGAUGUCUCUGCACAUUGCUGCAUUCAUCUUGCUCUCUAUCCUGACCAGUCUCCCAGUUCCUGUCACUGGACAAAACAUCCCCACAACAUGAUGCUGCCACCACCAUGCUUCACUAUAGGGCCGGUAUUGGCCUGGUUCACAGCAGAGAGUUCAAUCUUUGUCUGCAGAGAGUUCAAUCUUUGUCUUAUCAGACCAGAUAAAUGUGUUUCUCAUGGUCUGAGAAUCUUUCAGGUGCAUUUUGGAAAACGUUUAUGAAGAAAUAGCUUCUGUCUGGCCACUAUAAUAUAUCAGCCUUAUUGGUGGAUAGUUGCAGAGAUGGUUGUCCUUCUGGAAAGUUCUUCUCUCUCCACAGAGGAAUGCUGUAACUCUGACAGAGUGACCAUCAAGUUCUUGGUCACCCCCCUGACUAGACCAAGAUGAAUGCAGCAAUAUGCACAGACAUCCUGGAUGAAAAACAACUCUUCCCAUCCAGCCUGAUGGGAGCUUGAGAGGAAUGGGCGAAUUUUUGGAAAGCUAGGCGUGCCAAGCUUGUGGCAUCGUAUUCAAAAAGACUUUAGGCUCUAAUUGCUGCCAAAGGUGUAUCAACAAAGUAUUGAGCAAAGGCUGUAAAUACUUAUGUACAUGUGAUUUAUUUUUAUCUGAUUAAAUUUGCAAAAUUUAAAUCAAUACAUUUUAACCAUCCCAUUUUGGAAUAGGGCGGUAACAACAAAUUGUGGAUAAAGAUAAGCGCUGUGAAUACUUUCUGGAUGCACUGCGCUACUCCCAUUAACGUUCAGCUGUGUAUACUGUAGAACUGCUGAUUUAUUCGAAUUGAGCGACAUGGGACAUGUUCUAGUCUGCAAGUUCAACGUUGGGAUAGCUGACUAGAGCAAUGGUUCUGCAUUGACUAAAAAUGGUGGUCAUGUGAUGUCUACAGCAUGUAAGUAGGCACUUUUAUACAGGCUUGGCGUGUCUUUUUUCCCAAAUAAUGUGUAACAAUUAGAAAUGCACAUUUUCAUUUGAUUAUGAAUAAGCCCGAAGAGUGCAAAAGAUUUAGAAAACCAUGGUAGGACACCAGCAGAGGCUUGUAUGUGCAAUGCGUGUUGAUUUACUGGAGGGCAUUAUUAAUAAGUCACAGUCAAGAUGGAAUCUUACUCAGAGGCUGGGAAAAAAAUGUGUAGCCUAAGGCCUCAACAGACUGCGGUACGAGAGUUUUGAGCUCCAAGUUUCGAGCCUACCCACAGAGGACAAAAGUAACAUACAGGAAAGGGGAGGGGCUACGUUCUCUUUCGCCUCCGGGUGCAGAAUUCCUCUCUCACCGAACGGUAAUCAAACCCUUCCUCCACUAGGUCUUACUACUGUGUCUGCCUUGUUCACUUUUACAAGUAGCCCACUGACAAACACAGAGCAAGCAAUAUAUACUUAUUUAUCUUCAAAUACUAAACUGCUGACCAUUUGAACUGUAUGUUGUAUCUUUAUUUGUGCUGGGUAAAUUAACUGUGCUCCAAAUAAUAUGGUGUAGUAGAGAGAGAGAGAGAGAGAGAGAGAGAGAGAGAGAGAGAGAGAGAGAGAGAGAACGAAGGAGCACUCAAAAUUAUUUUAUUGGGUCCUCAAGUUUAUAUUGUGGGUUACAGUCUUGUUGUGUAUUCAUGAUCAUUUAGCCAAAUUUCCUGCCAAGGUUUCAUCCAAACAUUUGGAAACAUAUUUAGUCCAAUAUAAUGCAGAGAUAGUUAUAUAAUAAUGAUAAUAAUAAAACAGAUCUAAGAAACCAGCUGCUUACUUUUGGAUUUGUUUGCAUCCCUCAGCAUGGAUUAUAACUGGACCUAAACAUGCAUACUGGAAUGAAAAUAAAAGCGGAAGCAUCUGACAAUAAUAAAGUGGAAAUGUAAUUUACAA